AUGCUGGAGUUCCUUGGAAAGAAAUACAAGCUGUUCAGCAGCGAGAAUUUCGAUGAUUUCAUGAAAGCGCUCGGUACGUAUGAAUAUUGCUUAAUAACAAGUAAGUCGCUCCGAUGAAUUACAUUCGAACAUCUAAGGACAUUAUUCUGUGGUUCGUAAUUAAACGUGCUAAUCUGUGACGGCAAAGGCGAACUGAAAUACAAGAGGCGUGCUGUAUCGUUGAAUUUCAUCCGACAGAUUAUGAUAUCAAACGUUAUUAUCGUCACCGACUGCUGUGGUAAAUAAACCGUAAAUGUCACGCUCGAAACGCAAUAUUUAUUAAAAAAACACGCGUAACAUACCGUAUAGCCGAGAGGCAACAUUUCCCCUCGCGCCCGGUCGAUAAGGAAAACAAUUUCAAUAAUAUUCAUUAAUAUUCGAAUAACAAUAUUAUGAAACAACUCACAAAGUCGUUCUUGUAACUAUCGAUCGAUAUGUUUCAUUGUUCGAAUGAACCCACGAUGUAUCUAUGUUACACAUUAAGAUAUCUAGACCGACGUCGAGGGAUUAAAGCAAAGCAGAAGUAACCAAAUAAAAUAUAUUUUGAUAAACGAACCUCGAAGAAUCUGGCGUGCACGCUGGAUGCCAGUUCUGUCACCGGAAAAUUUAAUUCGACUACAGACGAACGAUCUCAUUUAUAAUAUUAGGGACGGCAACGUAUUGUAAUGAUAAAUAAGAUAAUCAAUUUUAAUAUGUUGAACUAUGCUCCUGUGGCUGUGCAACGACCUGACCUCACGCUUAAUUCCCGCCAUGUGCCACAGACAGAGUCCGAUUGUACUCCAAUUUAGCACUUGAAUUAAUUUACCGGCAAGAUUAAUAAAUCGCAAUUGUCAGUCGAAUCGUACUAAUGUGUGGUACUCGAGUUAACUUAAUAAAAAUACAUUGAUCGUGUUGCUUGUUAAUGGACGAAUAGGGGCGUCAAUCGAAGAACAAAUGUACGUAACAUUGCAAAAUACUAAUAAUUUGUCACGUUCCAAGCGAUGACAACAUUCGUGUAAGCAUAUAUCCGCCUUCGCAUUUUCACAUUCUCAUUAUAUUGCAACCUGUUAUUUCAUAUGAUUACCGGAAAUUAAAUAAAACUGCAAGCUCAUUCUGAUCGACAUCGCUCACACGUUGAAGUGUUGACUAAUACUAGCAAGGAAUAUAAAUUAUUCCUUCCUCGUGCGUGAAUCGAGGGAAGCGAAAUAAUGUACUGAUGCUCGACGUGUACAAAAAAAACAUGCGUACUUUUGUUUUUUUGCAGAAAAAUGACGAUGAUAUUUUAAAUCAUAUUUACACAGUCACCUAUCAAGAAGUGUGAAUAAUAACGUUGAUGGCAAUUAUAUAAUUUAAUCGCGAUGAUAAUCACAUCAGACAUCUAAUAGCAUCUUUUGUACGAUAUUAUUCGCACAUAUAAAAUAUCACGUAACUGUAAUUCGAUGCGAGCAAAUAAGAGCACGAUAACUUUUUGUUUUCGAAGAUAAUGUAUGCUUGAUGCAUUGCAGAUAUCGUAAAUAAUCGCUAGAAAGUUCAAACUUCAAUUAUUUGAUAUUUUAAUCAGAAAAAAAAAAAAAAAUCUUGAUUCCACCGUUCUCAAUAUAAAGUGUGAUAAUAGUAUCGUUGGCGUUCAGUUUUGCUUUUACCUUCGUUGGCAACGUAUCGUGCUCUUUCGUUCAAAAUGAAUCCAUCCGUUUUGGGAAAACCAUAUAAACUUCACUCAUCGAGUGAAAGUUUUGACGACUACAUGAAGGCUUUGGGUGUAGGUUUAAUGACACGUAAAAUGGGCAGCAGCCUAAGUCCCGUGGUUGAAUUAACGGAGAACAAUGGAGUCUACACGUUGAAAACAACUAGUGCAUUUAAGAAUUCGGAGAUAAAAUUCAAACUUAAUCAAGAAUUCGAUGAAGAAACGAUAGACGGAAGACAAGUGAAAAGCGUCUGCACUUUAGAGGGAAAUAAACUUAUUCAAAAACAAAAGGGAGAGAAGGAAACUACUAUUGAAAGAGAAUUCACGCCGACAGAAAUGAAAGCGAUCAUGAAAGUUGAUGAUAUCGUAUGCACGAGAGUGUACAAAGUUCAAGAAUAAAAAUUUUACUUGAAGAAAUAACGUCCCUCGAUGAAUUAAAAAUUGAUUAACGAUGUUGAAAGUUGUUCUCGCCUAGUUAAGGGGCAAUAUAUUGUUCUCAUAAAUGUUAAACAAUAGAGAAAUAAACUUUUUUACACGCACAAUAACACAUAUGUACGCAUAAACAUUAAUAUUAUUUUCAAAGGAUAUAAUAUUUCGUAAUAUAAUACAUGAAUAUAUCGCUUUAUAUUCAUAUAUGUAAAACGAACAUUAUUAUGUAACAUUUUAAAAGUACUGAAAGUUUAUAUAUUUUUUAUGUAUCUUUAAAUCAUCCAUAUGCUUCCAUGUAUGUUAUAUUUAUUACGGAUAUAACGAAUGGACAUAAAGAAUAAUUUUGAACAUCUUUGUAUCAAAAUAUCAUUUUUUUAUAUAAAUACAAUGGAAACGAAUACAAUGAAUGGAAAGCUUUAAUUAUAAACAAUAUAAAAUAAAAUAAAAAAAUUUUGAAACUUU